AUUCAAAUUCAAGAUUGUAAAUCAAGUCAACAUAAGGAAAUGAUGUUAAACCUUCCUAGCAAUUUGACCACAAACUUCCGAUCCCAAAUUCUAUCUAUAUAUGCAUCAGUUCUUGAUAAUCUUGUUGAUUUCCACCGUUGAAAGAGAAGAUGUAUGUAACAAGGCGACUCUCUUUCUAUUUGAGAGAUCCUUCAGCUCUAUCUUUGCCACCUCCUGAGGGUCCGAAUUCUGGGAUACUCGUCAUACAAGAUGAAGAAGCACAACCCACUUGCUGUUUUGGACUGUGCUAUAGCGACCAAGUAAAGAACUUCCCUUUCCCUCAAAAUUAUAACUUAAACGUCCGGUACACAACUCAAGCUGGUCAACAUCAAAGUGUUUCUGUAAACCGUGUUGCUUUCAUUCCUGUUCUUAAUCAACCCUUGUCUUCCAAUCAAUACUACUGCAUAGAACGAGCAGGGAAGAAUAAAGGGAAAGCUUAUAUAAAUUCAAAGGAGGAGGACAAAACGACAUGCUGUUUCUGCAACUGUAUUAAUGAUUUUGAACCAGCACCAUUAGCUCCUCAAGACACAUAUCAACAAUUCGAAAUUCAACGUAGAGAUUGGGGAGGUUUUGUCGGGAAAUCCACAACUUCAGAUGGAUACCCUCCAAAUUUCUUAAGAAGAAAGGGUUGGAGAUUAUAUACAACAUCUCCGCUCAAGUUCGAUUUAAACGAAGCACAAGGCGUAGACAACACUCUCCGUUUUCGCCUUCCAGACUCUAGCAACAUUUCCUUGUCACAGAAAACUUCUCAACCUGUUGUAGUGGGAAAAUGGUAUUGCCCUUUCAUGUUUAUUAAAGAUGGAGCAGUUCAAGAUCAAUUUGAUAGUUCAAGAUACUAUGAAAUGACAUUGCAGCAAAAAUGGGAGCAAAUUUUCGCCUGCGAAAAUAAUAAUAAUAAUGAAGGGAAUGCUCCUGUUAUCGUGGAUGUUGCAAUUGAAAAUGAAGUAGUUAAGAUUGGUAGUGAAAAGAUUAUGUAUGGUGAUGAUAAUUUAGUUGACGGAGUGAUGUGGUUUGGUAAUGUAGGGUUAAGUUCAGUAAUUAUUGAGAGAAUUAAGUGGGAGGAAGAGAGGUUUGGGUGGAUUAGUGGAAGUCAAAAGGAAGUGAAGAUUAAGAGAGUUGAGGAAUUUAGAGGUGCAGGUGAGUGGAAGAAAUUUGGUUGCUAUGUUUUGGUGGAGAGUUUUGUAUUGAAAAGAAUGAAUGGAAGCUUAUUAUUGACUUAUGAAUUUAGGCAUACUCAACAUGUUACUAGCAAAUGGGAAUAGUGGUGUUCUGUUCUUUUUUUUUUCUUCAUUUUUUAAUGUUUAAUUAGGUUUGGGAUGAUGUUGUAUUGAUAUUGUAUUGUUUUGAUUUGGUAUGUAAAAUUGAAUGUAUUGUACUCUAUUGGAUUGGAUAAUAAUGAUAUUGUUUAUUUUUCUUUUCAUGUUUA